AUGGACGAUCCAGAGAGCAUUGUGAUUUCAGGAAUAUCAGGAGUAUUUCCGAGCAGUGAGAAUAUGGAACGGUUGAAAGAAAAUUUACUAUCUGGAAAAGAUAUGAUUCAACCGGUCGACAGAUAUGGCGUCAGACCCAGUUGUGGUGUGAAUACAGCAUGUUCAUCAUCUAUGUACGCUCUCGAUAUGGCGAUUAAAUUUAUUCAGUCUGGUCAAUGUGAAGCAGCGAUCGUUUGUUCGACCAAUUUCUGUUUUGCCUCUUCAGAAUAUAUGAUAUCAAAUCCAGUCAUAAGCAAGGCUGGAAUUUCAGCACCGUUUGAUGCCGAUGGUACGUAUACCUACCUCAACAUUUCAUUUAAUCAUGCGUUCAACGCCCGAUCUACUGCAUUGCUAUUUAAUAAAUUUACAUUUUUGCUAGGCGGUGGUUAUGUCAGAAGCGAAGCUGUAGUAUCGAUGUUUGUACAGAAACAAAAACAUGCUCGAAGGGUUUAUGCCAAUAUUAUUCAUUCGAUGACCAAUUGCGAUGGAUUCAAAAAAGAAGGUUUUUCAUACCCUUCCGUCACACAACAGAAACAUCUGUACGAACAAUUCUACAAAGCUAUCGAUAUCGAUCCUCGAUCAGUCUCAUACGUUGAAGCUCAUGGUACCGGAACACCGGUAGGAGACGUCGUGGAAGGAACGUCAAUCGAAGAAUUUUUCUGCAAAGGGCGUACUACACCAUUGAGAAUUGGAUCGACCAAAUCGAAUAUAGGUCAUACUGAGGCAUCCGCUGCUUUAUGCGCUAUCGCUAAAAUAAUUGUAUCCUUCGAAACUGGAUUAAUCCCUCCUAAUCUUCAUUUCAAGAAUCCAAAUCCAAACAUCAAAGGUUUACAUAAUGGCCAGCUACAGGUAGUCACAAAACCAACGCCUUUGCAAGGAGAAUAUUUCGCAUUGAAUUCAUUCGGAAUUGGUGGAGCAAAUGGCCAUUUGUUAUUGAAACCUAACAAUAAAAUAAAAAAAUCAAAACAUGCUAAAACUAACGAGAUACCACGAAUCGUAACAGUGUCUGGUCGAACAGAAGAAGCAGUAGAUUGUAUUUUGAAUGAUAUAGAAAAAAAUUGUAACGAUGAAGAAUACUUGGAAUUAUUACACGAAAUUUUCAGCGAAAACAUAAGUGGGCAUCUUCAGCGAGGAUUCAUUAUUUUGCAGGAAAAUCAACCUCCCAUAAGAUCCAAAACACUUUAUUCAGGUGAGGAAAGACCUGUAUGGUUUGUCUUCUCUGGUAUGGGAUCCCAAUGGCCAACAAUGGGCAAAUCAUUGAUGAAUAUACCAGCAUUUGCGGAAUCAAUUUGCAAAAGUCACAAAAUACUCCUAACAAAAAAUAUAGAUUUGAUCAGGAUUAUUACUGAAGAUGAUCCAACAUUAUUCGACAAUAUUCUAAACGCAUUUCUUGGAAUCGCUGCAAUUCAGGUAAUUAUUUCAACGUUUUUAAAAUUUUAUUUGCUUAAAAAACACACCUAUCUGACUUGGGUGUUCAAACAAACAAAAUUAUGCAUUGAUCAAGCUCAAUCUCCAACAAACAGAAAUUAUUCAGAGAUGUAUUUUUUUUUACAGUUAGCUUUAGUCGAUGUUCUGGCUUCAGUUGGAAUAAAACCAGAUGGAAUAAUAGGUCACUCUGUGGGUGAACUAGGAUGCGCAUAUGCCGAUGGUUGCUUCUCAGCCGAGCAGCUGAUUUUAUCUGCUUAUAGUCGAGGUAUAGUAACACCAGAAACAGAAAUAAUGCAUGGGACAAUGGCAUCUGUAGGAGCCGGCUACGAAACCAUGAAAGAUAAAGUUCCAGAAGGAGUUGAAAUCGCUUGUCAUAAUAGUCCAACCAAUUGUACUAUAUCUGGUCCCACAGAAUUAGUUCUACCAUUUAUCGAGAAAAUAAAAGAACAAAAAAUAUUUGUACGACGAAUCAACACUGCAAAUAUUGCUUACCACAGUCGCUGCAUUGCUUCAUUUGGAUCAAAAUUACUUUCACACAUGCAAGAUGUUGUUCCAGAACCGAAACUCCGCUCAAAAAAAUGGAUUUGCACAUCAGCUCCAGAAAGUAAAUGGGACACUGAUUUGAUAAAAUAUUCUUCCGCCGAAUAUCACACAAAUAAUUUGCUCAGUUCAGUGCUGUUUGAAGAAGGUUGUCGCCACAUACCAAGCAAUGCUAUAACCAUAGAAAUUGCUCCCCAUGGUCUUUUAAAUGCAAUACUUCAGCAAUCCUUACCCAAAACCGUCACAAAUAUAACAUUGACUAUGAAAAAUCAUAAAAACGCAGUUGAAUAUUUGUUAAACUCACUAGGAAGGUUGUAUGAAGUAGGAUGUCUUCCCAAGAUUGGUCGAUUGUAUCCUCAAAUUGAAUUUCCAGUCAGUAGGUCUACCCCGAUGAUUUCACCAUUGAUUAAAUGGCAACAUGAUGAAAAAUGGCCAGUCGGUAGAUUAACAAAUGAAGAAAUCUUCACUGAACAGAAUUAUAUGAUUCGAUCUUAUGAUGAUAAAUUUGCAUUCAUUAAAGAUCACAUUAUUGAUGGCAGAAAUUUUUACCCUGGGUUGGGAUACCUGUGGUUGGUGCUACAAACUUUUGCAUCCAUACAAAAAACUACAGCUACAAAAACACCAGUAAUUUUUGAAAAUAUUCGUUUUGAGCGAGCAACUAACGUUCCUAAAAAAGGCUCACUUAUGUUUCAUGUUUCCAUACACAUGAGCACCAACAAUUUUGAAGUAACUGAAAAAGGAACAGCUGUAGCCACCGGUACCAUAAGAAUACCAGAAAACAUCGAUAGAGAAUUGGUUGACAUUCCACCAAUUAACAAUACAGCUUCAUAUUGUAAUGAUGAGUUGCACUUGAAUUCUAGAGAUUUUUACAAAGAACUGAGGUUGAGAGGAUACCAAUAUAGAGGAAUGUUCAAAACAGUUGCUCGAUCUCAGUUCAAAUACUAUGAUGCAGCGUUCCCUGUCCAUUUUUAUCCUCAUCAUAAUCUGUUGAGCUCGGGCGGUAUUCAAAUGAUGGAUUGGAGCUGUAACGCUAUCGCUCGUCAAAAAAACAUGACCAUGCCCUUGAUGAAAAAAUAUCAAUUUGUACCUUACAUCAGCGACGAAAUCAUGGAAUUAAAUGAAGUGAUCAAUGUGUGCAUUCUCAUCAUACUCGAAAAUAUGUUGGAAACACAGGUGAAAACAUUCGAAUUACUUGAGAAUGAAAAUUACUCCAUCGUUUCCUCAAUAUCAUCAAUGAUACUGGAUGUAUUACAAAAUAUACCAAUGAUUCGCGCAAGUGUCAACAUAUCUACUACUUCGCAAAAUACAACGAAAAUUGAGGUACCAGCUGAAAUCAACAUUUCAAAUGAAAAAUUACCGGGUGAUAAAAGCAGUACCUUGGUCGCUUUGUCAAAUAUACUGAAUAAAACCAAUAUCGUGAAGACUAAGCCCAAUCACAAAGUUGUUCAGCUAUUCUGUGAUUCGUACACUUGGAUAUCAAAAAUUCAAAAUGAAUUAGUAACUAUCGACUCUGAAAAAAAUGAAAAACUGAUCGUGUACGCCAAAAAUGAUCCAAAAAAUGGAAUAUUGGGCUUUUUCAAUUGCAUUAGAAGAGAAGCAAAAGGAAAACUUCUAAGGUGUAUUUAUGUGAUGGAUAAAAAUAUGGCUGAUUUUUCACUGGAAAAUACAUCCUACAAAUCCCAAUUGGAUAAAAAUUUAUCUCAUAAUGUUUAUAAAAAUGGCGAGUGGGGUUGUUACCGCCAUUUAUCACUUCUACUAGAAGAAGAUGUGACAACACCUCACACAAUUUGUACACUAGGAGAACGAGGCAACUUUUCAUCGUUCAAAUGGAUUGAAGGACACCUAAAUCCUCUCACGAAAAAUGGAAAUAAAGCAUCUCUUGUUCACGUUUAUUAUAGCAGUCUAAAUUUUCGAGAUGUUUUACUGUCAAUAGGAAAACUUUCAGCACUUGACAUGCCUUGCUACAGCCGUUUAAUCAGUUGCAUGCAUGGGGUUGAAUUUUCUGGAAAAAAUGAUAAUGGAACCCCUUUGAUGGGAAUAGUUCGAAAUACAGGUUUAGCAACACUGGUAGAGAGUGUUCCAGAACUAACAUGGAUAGUACCAGAAUACAUGACACUCGAAGAAGCAGCAACUAUUCCAAUCAUUUAUGCCACAGUUGUGUAUGCUUUCUUUCUAACAAUCAAUUUGAAGAAAGGUUCUUCCAUUCUUAUACACGCUGGAAGUGGCGGAAUUGGUCAGGCAGCCAUUAAUAUAUGUCUUCACUACAAAUGUAACAUCUUCACCACAGUUGGUACUCCUGAAAAAGUGCAGUUCAUCCGAAAAACAUUUCCUCAAAUUCCAGAAAGUCACAUAGGAAACUCGAGAGAUACAUCAUUUGAAAAAUUGAUAAAGCAGCAAACAAAUGGUCGAGGGGUUGAUAUAGUUCUAAAUAGUCUAUCAGAGGAAAAAUUACAAGCCUCCAUCCGUUGCUUAGCUGUUAAUGGACAUUUCUUGGAAAUAGGAAAAUUCGAUAUUUUUAGAAAUAAUACUCUUGGUAAAAAUAACUAUAAAAUAGUCAUUUAUCCUGCAUGCUUUUUUUUGUCUCAAUGCUCAAUGCAAAACAAUCAACAGCAAAUUCACGAGAUUAAAAAUAAGAUGCAGGAUAUGCUCAAUCAAGGAAUCAUUAAACCUAUACAUCGCAUAAUUUUUCACGCAGAUGAAGUAGAAUCUGCCUUUAGAUGCAUGGCGGCAGGAAAACACAUAGGAAAAGUUCUGAUAAAAAUCCGGGAUGAAGAGAAAGAUCGUACAUUCAAACCAACUGUGAUGAAUAUGAAAGCCAAAGCACAAAUCAUUUGCCACGAACUUAAUUCCUAUAUUGUUAUAGGAGGAUUGGGUGGGGUUGGCAUGGAAUUAGCUGACUGGUUGAUCAUCAGAGGGGCUCGGAAUAUUGUUCUCAGCUCUCGAACAGGUAUUAAGAAUGGCUAUCAAUCAUACCGAAUAAAAUUAUGGCGUUCUUACGGAGUUAACGUAGUAAUCUCGACUGAAGAUAUUACAAAAGAAGCAGGUGUCAAGAAAUUACUCCAAACUGCAAUCACUUUAGGGCCAGUGGAAGGAAUAUUUAAUCUAGCAGUGAUUCUCAAAGAUGAUUCAUUCAACGCACAAACUGAGGAAACCUUCAAUACUGUUCUUGGACCCAAAGCAACUGCAACAAUGCAUCUUGACAAACUGAGUAGAAGUAUGUGCCCGCAUUUGAAGCAUUUUGUCGUGUUUUCAAGUAUUGCGUGUGGUUUUGGCAAUCGAGAUCAAACCAAUUAUGGCUAUGCUAACUCAGCUAUGGAAAGAAUUUGUGAAAACAGACACGCUGAUAAUUUGCCUGCAUUGGCUGUUCAGUGGGGAGCGAUUGGAGAUGUCGGUAUUGUGGCAGAUUUUGUAGAAGAAGAUGUAUCAGUUGUUAUAUGUGGAACACUGUUACAAAAAAUUACCUCCUGCUUAGAGACUUUGAAUUUAUUCGUGAAGAAAUCAACUCAUCCUAUUGUCGCCAGCAUGGUGAUUGCUGAAAAACAUAAUUCAGACUCAAAUGUCAUAAGCGCAGUUGCAAACAUACUGGGAAUUAAAGAUCUCAAAUUAAUAAAUCAGUCAUGGACACUACCAGAAUUAGGUAUGGAUUCCAUUGUUGGGAUGGAAAUAAAACAAAUCCUCGAUUCAGAAUUUAAUAAAUUCUUCACCGCUGAUGAUUUGCGAACAAUGACUUUUGCUAAACUAUAUAAAAUGAAAGAUGAAACAGAAAACAUGCCGGAAACAGACGAGAAAAUAAAAACACAACUUCAAGUAUUUAUGGAUGAACGAAUUAUGAAGAAUUUCAUUCUUAAGAUACCAUUGAAUGAAAAAGAUAUUGAGAAACCCAUUGUGUUCAAUGAAAAUUCAACGGUAUUCAUGUUUCCAGGGGUAGAAGGAAUGGUCAUUUCCAUGGAAUCAUUAGCUAAGUGUUUGCCUGGACAAACACUCUGUUUUCAAUAUCAUUUUGGAAGCGAAAAAAUGGGAGAUUUUUCUAUUACAAAAUUGGUCGAUUAUUUUGCAGAUUACAUUUUGAAAAAUUACAACUUCUCCCGUGAAUUUUGUUUCAUCGGACAUAGUUUGGGUGGAUUGAUAGCUAUGAAGGUGGCUGAUAUUCUAGAAAAAUGCGGAAAAACAGGAAUCCUAUACCUGAUAGAGAGUUCACCAAUUUUGUACCAGAAAUUAUACGUUGGAUGGGCUGAAAAAGAGGGAUCUGUAGAUGAUGAGCACCUGCAAAAUGAAACCUGCAUACGAACCAUGGAGACCGUAUUACCCUCAAUAAAUACGACAAUGCAUGCCGAAACCAUAAAAAGUACAAAAGAUUGGGAAUCCAAGAAAAAACUAUGUUUCUCGUUGUUAACUCCUGCAUCAAUCAAUGUAUCACUGGUGGAUAAAAUAUUUGAUAGAAUAUAUUCCUUUGCCAGAGCAUUAACAAGCCACGAGUUCACUCAAGUAUCGCUCCAGUCAUCAUGUGUUUUAAUAAGGUGUAUAGAAAAUCCUUUCGAUUUGGAUGACGAUCUUGGUUUAACAGAGUAUUUCAAGAAACCAGUACAAAUUCACAAAAUCGAUGCUGGCCAUACUACAAUUUUGAAUCAUCCAAAAACUUCGGAAAUCAUAUUGCAAUCUCCAUUAUGGAGAAAAUGA